AUGGUCGGGAAUCCACGUCCAGUAAAUCCGAAUGCCAAUCAACCAAGGCAGUCACCCCUUGUAAAUUGGGAUGAGCUGAGAAACCUUCUACAGAUCAUCACCACUAAUCCCACCGUGGUAAAGCCGGAAUUUCACGGCAAGGAACAUGAAGAUCCUCGAGACUUCCUACGAAGGAUGGAGGAAUAUUUUGUAAAUAUGGUCACUGAAGACCAACAGAAGGUGGACCUUGCUGCUGAAGGACUUCAUGGCGCAGCAGAGAAGUGGUGGGACACUUACAAAGGAAUUCCCUUCGAGUGGGCUAGGUUCAGUGAACUGUUCCUGCACAAAUACGAUGGACCAGUUGUCACGGGUCGGCUGUUAUCCCAGCUGUACUCUCAACGUCAAGCCGAGAAAGAGCCGGUGGGAGUAUUUUUACAAAAGAAGAUCCUAUUUUUCCAGCGGUUACAACCGGACACACCGGAAGCGGUCAAAGUGGCUACGCUACUCGAGCUUCUACGUCCGCAAGUUCGGCAGGGGAUCAGAGCUUCCCAACCUCAAGACCUUGGAACGUUGAUGACACGCGCAGUUGAAGCUGAGUUCGACGAAGCAGAUGUUGAUCGUACUAAUAAACGUUCAGACAAACCUCGAGCACAACCCUCUUCGAAUCCUACCAGUGCUACAACCUCUCAACCCAUUGAAGGCAAGAAGAAUCAACUUCUCCAGUGCUGGUUUUGUGAAGAUCGUCACUUCGUUCGUGAUUGCCCCAAACGAGUUUUUCCGGAAUAG